AUGGUGCUCCUAGGAAUCAUGCCCAUAUUUACCUUUGCGCUUGGCACCUGGCAGGUUGAACGCCUCAAGUGGAAGGUAAAUCUCAUUGACGAACUACAGGAGAAGCUGUCCCAAGAACCUUUGGUGCUCCCCCGACGAAUCAACACCGUCGCAGUCGCUGAUUUUGCCUAUCGUAAAGUUCUCGUGAGGGGAAUGUGGGACCACGCCCAUGCUAUCCUCCUCGGUCCGCGAGUCCACAACGGAGAGAAUGGCUAUCACUUGGUCGAACCUCUCGUCCGUACCGACGGUACUACAGUCAUUGUUAACCGAGGUUUUAUCUCUAAGGCACAAGCCGAAAAGAAGGCUUACCUUCGAGACGAUGGUGAAGUUAAAGUGCUUGGAAUGCUCCGUACCGGUCACAAGCGCAACUACUUCACACCUGACAACCAUCCUGAGGAAGGCAAAUGGUACUGGGCGGACAUUGACGCAAUGGCGCGGUAUUCCGGUGGCGAAGCGGCUGGUGUGCAAAAGCGAUAG